GAUUGGGGAGGGGGGAGAGAAAAAGAGAGAGAGGGAGAGAUUGGAGAGGGGAGAGAUGCAGGUUGGUGAUGAUUGAGGCGAGGCAGGUGCUUUUUCUCCUCUCCUCUUCCUGAAGCGCUCAUUUACAUUUUACUCUCCAGUUCCUCUUGGGUUUCUCUCUGGUUUCUUAUCCUCAGUGAGAAGAUGGGAUCUCCAGCCGUUUCUCUUCUCCUCUCCUCCACUCUGCUGCUUUCUCUCUCAGUGUCUCGCUCUCAGGUGCACAACGACACCGAGCCUGUGGUUCUGGAGGGGAAAUGCCUGGUGGUGUGCGACUCCAAUCCUUCUUCAGACGGGGGCGUCACCUCCUCGUUUGGGAUCUCGGUUCGAGCUCCAGGGGCCAAAGUGGCGUUUUCAGCUGUCAGGGGGACGAACCACGAACCGUCCGAGAUGAGCAACAAGUCCAUGACCAUCUACUUCGACCAGGUCCUCGUGAACAUCGGCCAUCACUUUGACCUGAAGGCGAGCGCGUUCCAGGCCCCGAGACGCGGCAUUUACAGCUUCAGCUUCCACGUAGUCAAAGUUUACAACCGCCAGACCAUCCAGGUGAACCUGAUGCACAACGAGUUCCCGGUCAUAUCAGCGUUCGCCGGGGAUCAGGACGUGACACGUGAGGCGGCGAGCAACGGAGUUCUCCUCCUUCUGGAGCGUGACGACCGACUCUACCUGAAACUGGAGAGAGGGAACCUAAUGGGAGGAUGGAAAUAUUCCACCUUCUCAGGAUUUCUUGUUUUCCCGCUCUGAUCUCGAUGUUCUCCCUGGUGCAGUCCUGCUGCUUUACUCCGGCGUUUUCACUCCGAUCUCUCUGUACUGUACCUGCCAUUUCCUCCAAACUCACAACUCAUUGGCAUGAAAUGAAGAAAAGCUCUGAAAUCAAAGCUCCGUGUCAGAAUGUGUGUGUAGAAAAAGAAAUGAAUUUCUAGAGCACUUUCAACUAACAGAUCCAAAGAAAUAAAACCAUUCAGGAUAUUUUACGAUUCAGGAUACACAUUUAAAAUAAAUACAUUUAUCCCUGCAGUGAAACCCAGUU